CACGAACUGUUCUUUAGCGCUGGAACUGGUGACACCACUCGGCUACCUUGCCCUCGGUUACUUGGAGAUGAGCACAACUGACCGCAAACACUUUGCCUUCUCGAAGGUUUACCGCCGCUGCUCCACAACAGUUGCCCGGCAAUGACCGCAGCGACGAUUCUAAGCAGCAGCGAUGACUUGUCUGUUGUUCUCUGAAGACGACCACAACUGGACGUGUGGCACGGUGAGGUCUACCAGCCGCUACCUCGCAUUUCUUGCUGCCGGACACAGUUGGCUACUUCGGUUGUCGUUUGGGAGAAUCAGCCUUUUGGUUACACCACACCCUCCUCUCUACACAGCAGGUUGUGAAAGUCGAGCGACUGGAGAACCCUGGUCUGUGGAACCAGUACAAUCAUCGUCGAGAAAUGGUUUAUCACAGUCAUGGCUAUACCUACUUCCGGCCAAUAGCCAAGUUGCCGGGAUCCUCAGGUCCUGUACAGACAACAGAAAGUGUACCACGAGAAAGUCCUCUUCGUCGACAGAUUUAUCCAUUUAAGGCCAAUGAACACUACCUUUUCCAUGGAACCAAAGAGAAAAACAUACAAAAUAUAAUGAACACUGGACUGGACAGUCGUUUAACCAGUGACAAAGCCAUGCUCGGACAGGGCAUCUACUUUGCAGAAAGUCCGACCAAAGCCGAUCAGUACACAGAUGAUAAGGACCAGAGGACCUCUGGGGAGAAAACAAUGGUGUUGGUGCGAGUGGUGUUGGGCAACCCUUUCAUCAACACCAGUUCUGACCCUGACAAGUUCAAACGUCCGCCAUGCAAGUGGUGUUUCAAGGACCUCUGCUCUUGCGAUGAUCCCUCUUAUUUUGAUUCCGUUAUCGAUGAUGCUGGCAGGAAUUUCCGCGAAUUCGUUGUUUAUGACCGUAGCAUGUGCUACCCUGAAUACUUCAUUACAUACAAUAGGGUGUGAUGUAAUCAUGUAGGUAGCAAAGGUUAUUCUGUCGUGUAGAUUUGUAUUGUACCAUGCAGUCUGAAAUUAUUUCAGACAGAGUUUAUUUGUAAUGUUUAUUGUGUUAUUUUGUUGUUCCACGAUACUUAUUUUGGAGAGAAACUCAGCAAAUAAAGCCUUAACUACUGUCUACACAUCUCACACUGCACUGAAGACUUGUUAACAAUCAGUUUUAUUGGCAUGUCCACUGUGUAUAAUGCAGCUGUAAGGAUUGUUUGCUUUAGAUGAAUUACUGUUCUGCAUGUAUUGAUAAAAACGUAUUAGUUUUAAAAGUACUAGUGUUUUAAGGGUACGUGUAAAUGUGUGAGAAGAUAGAGCUUUUAUUUAGGCCUGGAA